AUGAGCAAUGAGAAGACCAGAUUAGGCUUUUCUGGUGUUGCGAGGACGGAUAGCGCCACAACCCUCAGUAUUGAAACGGUCACCGUGACGUCGGAGCGUGGUAGACGCGUUCAGAUCCAAGCUGAAGGCUACGGCGGUAGCCUUUCAAUGCCACACUAUGGGCAUACUCGCCCUUCCGUCGACUAUUUCAACAGCAACAACGUGCUCAAAGGAAGGACGCUCAUGCAUUAUGCAGUUUACGACUUCUGUAUCAUCUAUCCACUUUGA